GCAAGUCAACGUACCCGCUUUCAACCACCGCUGGCGGCGAGCUAGCGUGCCACCUCGCAGGCAGGCACAAGCAUCAUCCUCUGCCACGUACAUCAACUUGCAACCAGUAACCAUGGCCGACCAAGAUCCAGUAACAACUUCCAGUGAUGCUGCUGCUCAAAGCGCUGCAGAACAAGCCAAGCUUCGCAAACAGCGGCGCGAGGCCAAGCUCAAGGCGGGCGGUGCGUCCCGGCUAGACAAAAUCACUGGCGUCGGCGGACGAGUGGUAGGAGACCAUGCAACACCCUCAGCAGUCGAGCCAGAGCUCGCUGUUCCCACCAGAGCGCAGAAGGUGGUUAGCGACGGCGACCCCGACGAAGUAGACAUCUCCGAACAUUUUUACGAACCAGUUACGACAAACAGAAUACCCAAUGCCGCAGAUAUCCCAGACCAAGCCAUCUCUGAAGCCCAGCUGCGGCAAAUGAUGCUCGGCCUCGACCGCACCAACGGCGCCGGCAGGGGCCCGGCUGGUGGCCCGGCUGGCAUGCUGCCCGACGACGACGACCCUCUGAUGAAGAUGAUGUCGCAGAUGAUGGGUGGUGCUGGAUUCCCGCCAGGUGCUGAAGGAGCAGGUCCGGGUGCAAACCCGUUUGCAGGCAUGAUACCUCCCCAACAGCCCGCGAAGCCCGACACUUAUGCUACAUUCUGGCGUCUACUGCAUGCUCUUGUCGCCAUUGGGUUGGGCUUUUACUUGACUCUAAUGACGCCGUUUGCAGGAACAAAGGCCCAGCGCAAUACGGCUGCUCUUAUGGCUAGUGGUACGAGCGAAAUUGAAAUCGAGGGACAGGAGGAAAUUGAGAGACACCGACUUAACUUUUUCUGGGCAUUUGCUACAGCAGAAGCAGUUCUACUUACGACACGAUUCUUCUUGGACAAGAACAGAGCGCCACCUCCUGGUAUUGCGUGGACUGUAGUGGGAUAUCUGCCAGAGCCGUGGAAGGGUCAUGUUUCGUCUAUUAUGAAGUACGGGCAGUUAUUCACGACAGUACGAACCGAUAUACUGUGUUGCGUGUUUGUCCUCGGCAUUUGCACGUUGAUUAGAGAUACAUGAGUAUGUUAGAUACAGUGGAAGCGGGGAUAUGGGCGGAUGAAGAAAACACAAUACAAAGACUUCGUUUUAUCAAAUAUGAAUGUUAUUAUUGCCAGGUGAAUGUGGCUCAUGCUAUGCUAUGUUGUUACAAAAUGUACAGUUCAUCGCCGUGGACGAUAAUUUCUAAGCUGCCAGUUCUCGGUUCACAUCGUUAACGUUAUUGUUGCAUCACAAAGCUCAAUACAGCUCCGAGGACACCACGAACUCGUCUAGGGUUUUCAAGCACACAUGUGAAGACGACGGCCGUGCUGGCAGCAAAAGCGAGCGUCUCACGCCACUCCUUCUCCAGAGGGUACUGGCGGGUGACAACCGUGCUCAGGGCCCGGGGAGCAACGAAAAGAGCCAUGUCCUUGCGACGGGAGACAGUCUCGACCAUGAUGCUCCAUCCGCACAGCGCACAGCCUGUUCCGACACAGACACCACUAUCCAUCUGUUGGCGGGCAUCUCUGUGAGUUCCUAGCAUACGAGGGCCAACUCGGGUGCGUCCAAGGCAUACACCGUAGUAGAAAAGCGUAAUGUAAGUCGCCAAGAAUGCUGAGGAGCGAGAGGCAGAGAAGAAAGCCUUUACAAUACCCUUCUUUGUCGGGUUGCGAAGCUGCAUGGUCAGGGCCAGCGGCAGAUAUGUAAACAUAGACCAUUUCCAUGAUCUGGCAAACCGGCUAAUUGCGUGAUAUUCGCACGAUGAGCCGCAGCCCAUAUGCACAAGCUCACAUGGGAACGGAGCGUUCUUGGCAGGGUCUCCCCAAACCUCUGGGAGAUUGUAGUCUUUGCACAUGGAACCCAAAAGCUCUGCCUGGCCUGUUUCCUUGCCAUAUAUAAGCUCUCCACUUCUGCAGCGCCUAAGAGCUUCUAUCAAACGUUGGUCGACCGAAGCUGCAGAAGUGAUCCAGCGAUCGUAGCCUCCGGGCAGCUUUUCGGGGGCAUAAAACCAGGCCCACAUGAUGAGGGCACACGAAGUCACAAAGACAACGGGGUCGGUCAUAUGAGUGAUGAAUUGUUCAGUCUAUGAGAUUGCAAGCGUCAGUAUGUAUAAUAUGCGUUAGGCAAAACCUCAAUUGGCGAGACUUACCCAAGUCCACUUGUUCGCCGCCUGACGUCGUGAACGACGCUGUGACCAUAAUUCACCAACCAGUACAUCAACGGCACGUGUGGCCGCAAAAAGGGUCAGAUCAAUGGUUCUUCCAGCCAUCUUGCGUGUCUUGGCCUCGCUGUUGGCUUUGUCCUCGGCCGAAGUCUUUCUCGGCACAGACUCCUUGGUCUGGAGCAGACGCAGGCCAAUCCAAGACGCAACAAAGGAAGCAAUCCAUCUUGAGAGUCUAACGCGCGUAGUCUUGUCAAGAUUCUUGAGAAAACGCUGUAUGAGUCUGUAUACCGGCACCUGCAGUAAGCUGGAGCCUCCGGCGAGAACGGCGCAAAAUGUCGGGAAGCGCUGCGGAUCGAAGCCAGUCUUGAGAAUAUGAAGCGCCGAGGGGCCCAACGGCUUUUCCUGUUUCAAUUCGUCUUCGGGAGCGAGCUUGCGCGCCUUUCUUCGCCGUCUGUAGAUGUGUUGAAGCAGGAGGUUCAUCAGCCGCGGGGCGACAGCCGAGCCGUAGCCGAGGAGGUAUGCUCUGACGAGGGGCCGCAGCGAGGGAGGCACGCCAUCGAGAGAGAGAACAGCCAUAUUGGCGGUUUAGCACGAGCAGAUGCCAGAGCAGCCAAAAGAAAUGCUGUAGAUGUCUGCAGUGUUGUGUGCGGU